UGUGCCAAAAAAGUCUUGCUUGGUUUUAUACGCGUUGUUUAAGUUAUCUUCAAUGAAAUACUUGGCGAAUUACAUGUAAUUAAAUUGAAGUAAUUCUUUUAGGUGACGAAAAGAUAAUGAAAUCCAUGUUCCCACAUGAGGAAAGCAGGGUGGAUUCCGGUCGAUUCACAACGAACUCUCAGUCGAUUGAGUACGGACCUUGGCAUAUUUCGUACGAUGUGAGUUGUAUACUACCGAGUGUGUGUUCUACGAAGGUGGUCUGUGAGCGAAACGAUGAUCAAUUUUGUCAGUUUUGUAUAUAUUGCAAACAACUCAGCAUACCACACUUUCCGGAUAUGGUGUUCCCAAAGAACAUUUUAACUCUUACCCAUACAAGUGGUGCUAAGAUACACUUUGACCCUCUGGAUGCUCUGAAGCAUGUGGCUUCUACAGCGGAUGCCAUUGAAGUUUCAUGUUCUGAAGCUUGGUUAGAGGCCAGACCUGAUGCUUCAAAACCGAAGCGUCCAUUUGACUGGACAUUUUCAACUGACUACAAAGGAACGCUAUCUGACAAUAUUAUAGUGGAAAACACCGAUGAAGAGAUCAACUUUGAGAUACUAAAACGAAAAGAUCAGAUUUUGUUCUACCACGAUCUGACGUUGUUUGAGGAUGAACUUCAUGAUCACGGCGUUUCCAAGCUUUCAGUUAAAGUCAGAGUAAUGCCGUGUUACUGGUAUGUACUACUGCGAUACUUCCUUAGAGUGGACAAUGUGCUAGUUAGGUCAUAUGAGACCAGAAUGUUCCACAUGCUCAACACCAACUAUGUUCUAAGAGAAUUCACUUCUAAAGAAUCUAACGCACAAGAUUUAAAAAUUCCUACCUCCCAAAUGAAGGAAGCCGACGACGUCAUUCCGUUCCUUCCAGUGAAGGAAAAAGUGACCCAUAAACUGAUAGUUGAAUCUGAAACUAAGACCUAGUAUAACAAUCUCACUACUCGUGCGUAAGCUGUAAGGAAAGAUAUAGUAUAAGUUUUAAAUAAAUUUAUCGUUACCGUCCUACUUUUUUCCUGAAAUUGCUGUGUCAGAUUUGUAUUUUCCUUUAAUUAAUAUUAGUUGAAACUUUUAAUACCACAGACAAUGUGCAUUGUUCCAACGUGUUUCAACUAUUUAAUUCGACCAAU